CGCCACGGACUGAACCGCACACCCGCACGGGAGCUUUUCUACCGCAGGGAUUUGUCUGUAUCUUUCACCCGGAUGCUUUCGCUGCAGGACUGCAGUUAAAGAGACCCCACAUCGGACCGGAGAACCGGCGGAACCGGAGCGCUCAUGUUCUCACCGGGCCCGAGACCACUGCACCUCACCCGAGCCUCUCUGCGCCGUUAAAUAUUCAUAGUCACGAUUUGAGUGUCAAACUUGAUACUCCGGUGGCCGAAGAGACAAAUGAGAGCCUUUAAAGCCACCGCUGACUCGGUGUAAACAUCUGCAUGAGAUGAGCAGCUGGAUCCGUGAGAGCAGGACGAGCUCCACUGCAGCAGCUGCAGCCUGACCCGCUGAGGGCCUCCGCCGGGUCACAGGCUCAGAGAAACCCGCCGGUCAUCCGAGCCCACCGCUGGAUGAAAUGUGACGCAUCGUAAUCCCGGUGACAGCUGCGGAAAGAUGAGCCACAGACAGAAAGAGAGAGAGAGCGAGACGGGCACAGAACAUGAUUAGAGGGACUGCGCCGUGACUCACAGGAAAACAAGACGCUCCGAUGGAGACUGGAAACUUUGCUCCUGCGUCAAAGUUCCUCUUUUAAACACGUGAACCAAGUGUUUGAGUUUCAAGCGCUUCAAUGAUGUGUUGUGCUGCUGAAGCGUCGUCCUUCCUCUCCGGCGAGGUUACGGCAGGUUAAUCACAGUCCCCGGGAGACUGAGGGCCCCGUGGCUCCUGCAGACCUUUGGGAGCCGCCAGCCGUGGAUCCUGUGAACUUCAUAGCAUGAAAGUGUCAGUCACAGUAUAAAACACAUCCUGAUGUUGAUCUCUGGCAGACUAGAGGAGACGUGUGAGCCACCGAACUGAGCGCCACCUUUGACCUUUUGUGUAUUUAUGCGUAUGAAAGACAAACAGAGGGACUUGGUGUGUGUGUUUAAGAGUUGUUGUGGCAAUGGGGAGCUCUGCGUCGUCUCUGACCACGGAUAGGGAAUCAGAUCACGGCUUCGGGACGGCUCCGUUCCCCACGGCAGCACCGAUGGGUUGGCUGAGGACCAGUCACAGCAGUCCGGUGUGGGGAACCACUUUCAUCACCCGCCAACAGCAGCAGCACCAGCAGCCUAUUCCACACAGAGAGCGCAGUCAUUCUCAUUCACCUGGUUCGAUGGAAGCAGUUGUGAGGAAUUCUGAUUGGUCCUGCGGGCGCUGCACAUUCCUCAACUCCAGCGGCUCCAUGCGCUGCUCCAUUUGUGAAGCUCCCCGACAAAAGCCGGAUCUGAACCACAUUCUCCGCCUCAGCAGUGCGGAGGAACCCCGCUGGUCCUGCCCACGCUGCACUCUCACCAACCACCACGGGUUAGGCUCCUGUUCUGUGUGUGGAGCUGCCCCGGUAACACCCAACGGACCUCUCCCACCCAAACAAACCCCGCCCACCCCGAUAGACCCCGCCUCCAGCCCUGAAGCCAAAGGUCAGGUGGCCAAUGGGGAAUCCCAGUGCACAGAGUCCAAUGGGGAGGUGCUUAUAAGUGGGCAGGGCUCCUCAGAGUGGGCGUGUCCUCGUUGUACUUUAGUUAAUACUCCAGUUGCAUUGUCGUGUUCAGCGUGCGGUGGUCCAAGGAAACUGUCCUUACCGAAAAUCCCUCCGGAGGCUCUAGUGGUACCAGAAGUGCGCACACCUGUGGCAGGGUUUCCUACGCAAACGUCAGGAGCAUCUGCACCUCUUCUUAUUGAUCUAACCGAAGAUUCUCCACCGCAGGCACCUUCUGAAACCCCAUCUCCACCCCCUGUUCCGUUUCUUCCCCCUUCAUUGUCGUCGCUUCAAAAUAAUCCUGUGCCUCGCAGCCGUAGGGAAGUCCCGCCCCCUGGGCGGCCCCCAAACCCUGCCCCCUCACCAACCUCACCUUCAACCUGCCCACCAACCAAACCUAAGCCCCUCCCACAAUCAGGUAAUUACCCAGUCAAGCGCCUCAGUGUGCUGGAGGAAGAGGAGCCUAAUAACCCCGCCCCUCCAGUCACGUCUCCGCCCUCCUGGAAGUGCCCCGGUUGCUCCGCCCCCACAGCUCCUCCUUCGUCGUCUGCUGGCCGCUGCGAUGCAUGCAGAGGCUCGCGGCCGGGUUCAGGUGGUGAUGUCAUUGAUGUGCUCGGCGAAUCAGUGCGCUUUACGCCAGCGUCGCCAUCCAGCCCAGACUUCAGCUCCUGGGCGUGCUCCAAAUGUACACUGCGCAACCCGACAGGCGCAGGUCACUGUACGGCCUGCGGAUCCUCCAAACUGCAUGGUUUCUCCGAGCCGUCCAGCUGCUCGUCAUGUUCUCGGAAACAGCCGCACUCCCACCCGCGUGCCUUUACCUCCACCUCCUCCUCGUCCUCCAUUUCGUCCCCGUCGGCGCAGGAUAAGAGUGUGUGUCAGUGGACGUGUCCUGCCUGCACGCUGCUGAACGAGGGAAGGAUGAAGCACUGCGCCGCAUGUCACACGCCGCAGCAGUACCUGAAUCUGAGGAAAACCGGGAAGCCACUCAAGCGCAGGGAGAGCAUGCACGUGGAGGCCCGCAGGCGCACGGAUGAGGGAGAGGCCAAGGAAUUGUGGGAAAAUAUCGUCAGCUUCUGUAGAGAGAACGCAGUGAAUUUCGUUGAUGACAGUUUUCCUCCUGGUCCUCGAUCGGUCGGUUUCCCAGAAAACGACAGCGUCCAGCAGCGGAUCAAGAAGUGGCUCCGUCCUCACGAGAUCAACUGCAAUAACUUUAAAGAUCGCGGUGUGAAGUGGUCAGUGUUCAGGACGCCCCGGCCCUCAGAUAUACUGCAAGGCCUUCUGGGAAACUGCUGGUUUCUGAGCGCGCUAGCGGUGUUGGCGGAGCGGCCGGAGCUGGUGGAGCGAGUGAUGAUCACCAGAAGCAUCUGUCAGGAAGGAGCCUAUCAGGUCCGGCUCUGUAAAGACGGCACGUGGACCACGGUUUUAGUGGAUGACAUGCUGCCCUGUGACGAAUACGGCUUUCUGCUCUUCUCGCAGGCUCAGCGGAGGCAGCUGUGGGUUGCGCUAAUAGAGAAGGCUCUGGCGAAGCUGCAUGGCUCUUAUUUUGCGCUUCAGGCUGGUCGAGCGAUCGAGGGUCUGGCGACGCUCACCGGAGCCCCCUGUGAGAGUCUGAUGCUGCAGGUCAGCUCAACAAACCCUCGAGAAGAGCCCAUCGACACCGACCUCAUCUGGGCCAAAAUGCUGAGCUCCAAAGAGGCCGGUUUUCUGAUGGGCGCAUCCUGCGGGGGCGGGAACAUGAAGGUGGAUGAUGCGGUGUAUGAAUCUCUGGGGCUCCGCCCACGACAUGCCUACUCCAUACUGGACGUGAGAGAUGUGCAGGGCUACAGACUGCUGCGUCUCAGGAACCCAUGGGGCCGGUUCUCCUGGAACGGCUCCUGGUCGGACGAGUGGAGCGACUGGCCGCAGCACCUCCGGCACGAGCUCAUGGCUCAUGGCAGCAGUGAAGGUGUCUUCUGGAUGGAAUAUGGAGACUUCAUUAAGUACUUUGACUCGGUGGACAUCUGUAAGAUUCAUCCAGACUGGCAGGAGGUUCGUCUGCAGGGCUGUUUCCCCUGCCGGGCCAGUAAACCGGUGACGGUGACAGCGCUUACAGUGCUGGAGAGAACCGCGCUGGAGUUCGCCCUCUUUCAGGAGGGCAGCAGGCGUUCAGACACGGCGGACAGUCACCUGCUGGACUUGUGCAUCAUGGUCUUCCGGGCCUCGUUCAGUAAUGGUAAUAAGCUGGUUCUGGGUCGUCUGCUGGCACACAGCAAGCGCGCGGUCAAGAAGUUUGUAGGCUGUGAUGUGAUGCUGGAGCCGGGCGAGUACGCGGUGGUUUGCUGUGCCUUCAACCACUGGCAGAUGGACCUCAGCGGAGCCUCAACACCUGUGUCCAGCCCCACCAAUGCUCGCAGACCCAGUCAGGAUUUCCCAGGGUACAUCUUGGCCAUCUACAGCUCCAGACAGGUGAUGGUGGAGCAGGUGGAGGCUACGUCCACCACACUCGCAGACGCCAUAAUCCUGCUGACGGAGAACAAGGGGGAGAGACAUGAGGGUCGGGAAGGAAUGACCUGUUAUUACCUGACUCACGGGUGGGCGGGGCUUAUCGUCGUGGUGGAGAAUCGUCACCCGAAGUACUACCUCCAUGUGUCCUGUGACUGUACAGACAGUUUUAAUGUGGUGUCGACGCGCGGCAGCCUGAAGACCAUUGACAGUGUUCCUCCUCUGCACAGGCAGGUUCUGGUGGUUCUGUCUCAGCUGGAGGGAAACGCCGGUUUCUCCAUCACACACAGACUGGCCCACAGGAAAGCUGCGCAGGCGUCUUUAGGCGACUGGACGUCCAAUAAAGCCACACACUCGCCCCAGCUCACUCCAGACACUGACGGACUGCACAGACCGCGGCCGCUUUGACACACGCUCACACACACACACACACAUAAACAUAAAAACACAUGAACCCUGUGCUGAUGAACGCAGACACUGAGAACUACUGAGCCAAUCACACGUCUGCUCUCUGAGCCAAGACCCGCCCACUGCAAACACACACACUCACACACACACAUUCAGAUCCUGUCAGUGGACUUCAGUUUCUUUUGUGUAUGUUCAGUCAAAGGGUGAAUCUCAACAAAUUAAUUCACAUGGCUCAUUUCAUCCUAAAUCAGAGGAAUCUUCGUGAUAAUUAAUCACACUCUGCGCAAUCAUCUGCACGACAUUAAAAAUAGAUGCUCCAUUUUUAUUUUAUGAUUAUUAUUAGUAAUUUUAGUAAUAUUACAGUUUCAAUUUUCCUUUACGUUCCACAUUACUAUGAAGUUUAUUCUGAUUUUCAUGAUGAUGCUUUAGAUUAUUAUUAUUAUUAACAUUAGUAAUAUAUUUUUCAUAAUAAUAAUUAUUAUUAAUAUCAUUUUUAUUAUUACCAUUUUAAAUUAUUUCCCCUUUAAAUUCACAUUACCAGAAUUCU